AUGAUGCUCUCAGCUACUGUUGUUGCGCUCCUUGCAGCUUCACCUGCUCUAGUCGACGCUUCAUGUUUCAAACACGGCGCUACGGGUAACAAAGGGAAGGACCUCUACGGCACGUCGGAUCUCGGUACUAAGGCGAAUACGACCGCAAAGAGACUCGCCGUCAAUGUUUUGAGGACAUGGCUGGCCGAAAAUGGGAUUUCCAAAGCUGACUUUGGAAUAAAACAGAAUACCAAGAACAAAAAGAGAAUUCUUGAAAAGGGCAAGUGUAUUAGUGGCAUGGGACCGCGUACCAACUGUGACCGCGGUGGGAAGAAGAAGGUCGAUGGCUGGCAAUUCAGUUGGGCUAAUAGAGCUGAUCCGAACCUGGGCUCAUGUACGGCCGUGACAAAUUCAAAGAGAUUGGUCUACCGCGGUGGCGAGGUUGACGCUGAUGACGAAGAUGGAGAUGAGGAAGGCAUCAUCACGGUCACCAUCUAA